ACGCUCAUCAGUUAAUCAGUUUUUUAAAUCGAAUAAACAUGAACAGAGUAAUAUUUUUAGUUUGUGGACUGUGCAUCUUCGUCGCUGGCCAAAACAUAAGCGAUAAAAGUAACGCUAGAAAAAGAAGUACGUACGAUGCCGAUAAUAGCCAAGAUGUACCACUCGAACAAGAAGCACCUAACCAAGGAGGAUACGACCAAAACAUGUACAGGAUAGGUGUAUCGCUAGAUCAAGGAACGCUGGAACACAAUAAAGACACAUAUGGACAAGCAGUGCAGUUAAACCAAAUGAUACACGACCAAAAUAUACACAGUCUAGAAAGUAGUAAAGUCCAAGUGUUACAGGGUGAGAAUAUAUUGGAUGGACCCGCAAAAAUCCAAUACCAGACGGUCGAAAAGAAGGUGGUCCAACCAUAUCCGAUCGAGGUAGAGAAACGCAUACCAUACCCGGUUAAGGUCGAAGUUCCCAUCGACCGUCCUUACCCAGUGCAUGUACCCAAACCAUAUCAGGUGCAAGUAGAAAAACCGGUCCCAUACGAAGUUAAAGUCAACAUACCACAACCGUACACCGUCUACAAGCAAGUCCCGUAUGAAGUCAAGGUACCCGUUGACAAACCAUACACCGUCCACGUACCCGUUCCGUACGAAGUUCACAUUCAGAAGAUGGUCCCAUACGAAGUCAUCAAGCACGUUCUUUACCCCAUCAGAAUGUUCGUCGAUAGACCGUACACCGUACUCGUACCAUACGAGAAGCACGUACCGUAUAUGGUGGCAAAACCGAUUCCCUACCCAGUCGGCGUGCCCGUCGACAAGCCAUAUCAGAUAAUUAUUGAAAAGCGCGUACCGUAUACCGUGAACAAACCCGUUCCGUAUAUCGUACACAAGCCAGUUCCAUAUCAGAUUAAAGUUCCGCAGAGAGUUGAAGUCCCGGUACCAUACUCGGCUGGUACUCAGACUGAAAAGCCUUUUACGUAUGAUUCAUGGAGAGACCUAUGUUUAAAAGUCUUUGUAAAGAUGACAGUAAUAUUGUUGAAAAUGGCGUAUGUUAUAGCGCUGUGCACAUUUGCCGCUGGCGGAUCAGAACUGCAGACCAACAAGACUCAGGAAUCUGCUACGGUGAGCACGACGGCUACAACAGCCUCGGUGAUUAUGGUAACUGACGACGGAAAAGGACAUGGCAAAAGAGGCGUAUUCGACACCGGUUACGGUUACGCCGCAACUAGUUACAGUAAUGUAGUAAAUGGUCCACACUUCCAGAAAGGAAACGAGCAGAGAGUAAUCAUCGCUAAAACGAUCAUCCAAGAGGUCGCCCAACCAUAUCCCGUCGAGGUAGAGAAACACGUACCGUACCCGGUAAAGGUCGAAGUACCCGUCGACCGUCCAUAUCCCGUGCACGUACCCAAGCCUUAUCCCGUGCACAUCGACAAGCCCGUCCCGUACGAAGUCAAAGUCAACGUGCCACAACCAUACACAGUCUACAAGCAAGUCCCAUAUGAAGUCAAGGUACCCGUCGAUAAACCGUAUACUGUACACGUGCCCAAACCGUACACGGUUUAUGUCGAAAAGCGCGUUCCUUACGAAGUCGUCAAGCACGUCCCUUAUCCCGUCAAGGUGUUCGUCGAUAAACCGUACACCGUGAAAGUGCCCGUCGACAAACACGUGCCUUACACAGUCGAAAAGCCCGUACCUUAUCCGGUUAAAGUACCAGUAGACCGCCCCUACCAAGUAACCGUCGAGAAGCACGUGCCGUACCCAGUCGAUAAACCUGUGCCUUAUCCGGUCGAGAAACCAGUACCGUAUCUGGUCAGAGUUCCAGUAAAAGUCCAUGUCCCGGUACCUUACGAAGUAAACAGCAGCGAAAAAACUCAGACUCAACGUAAAGAAAAAAUAGAACAGCAGCAACAACAAUACGAAUCUGAAGAUCAACAGCAACAACAAAAAUAUGAACCCGAAGAACCAUCUCAACUGCAACAAUUUCAACCAGAAAUACAAUCACAACCACAACAAUACGAACCUGAAGAACAAUCUCAACCACAACAAUUUAAGCUAGAAGUACAAUCACAACCACAACAAUACGAACCUGAAGAACAAUCUCAACCAGAAGUACAGACAGAAUCACAACAAUAUGAACCUGAAAUACAGUCACAACCACAACAAUACGAACAUAAAGAACAGUUACAACCACAGUUAUUACAGUACGUACAACGACAACAACAGUAUGAACACGAAGAACAGCGACAAAAACAGGAUGAUAGUGAUGAACAAACACAACAACCUGAUAAACACUCGGAACAAGCGCAGCAGCAAGGUGGAACAGAGAACAUUGAUUAUUGAUAGCAUUUUUAUCUUAUUUUUUUUUGUUUUACUAGUCACAACUUAUAACCGAAUUAUAGGCAAUAUUGUGGUUAGGUUAGAUUUUGUGUCGCAGUUACCAAAAUCAAAUGUAUUCAACCAUCAUGUAUUUACAUCGGUUGAUAACGAAUGUAAUGUAAAUAUCUAUAAUUAAAUCAAAUAAAGACUUAUUUUAUACUA